AUUGAAUAUGAAGCGAAAUUUAUCAAUAUUUCCAAAGCUUAUAAAGUGUUAACUAAUGAGGAAACUCGUAGAAAUUUUGAAGAAUUUGGUCAUCCAGAUGGUAAACAAGAUCUACUUUCUGCUUCUAUCGAAUUCAAAGAAUUAGUGGAGCAACGUCCCACUGAUAAUGCGCAGCUAUCUCCGAUUAUUAUUUCUGUAAAAGAUGAGUUGGAAAGACGGUUUGGUGAAAAAUACGAAAAGAGUAAAAGGUAUAACGCUCCGUUUUGCCAAAAAGCGAAUGCUUUAUUAUACGCUCAUAUGUUAAGAGUCAAUAUUGAUGAUAAUGACCUAUUGAAAG